GCAUAACCGACCACAAUACGACCACGAUGGCGGGCAUCGUGGGGACGCUGGCAUCCAUUGCCUCGAUACUGCUCAACGUCAGCCCAGCCCGGGAUGUUUGGGACAUAAACAAGACACGAUCCGUGACGGAGCGGAGCAUACUCCCGUACUGCAUGAUGAUGGUGGACGGAGCGAAUUGGGUUGUGUACGCCUCGUUGAUUGAUGACGUUUUCCCCAUAGGGUUCACCAAUGCCUUCGGCUUCGUGGCCGGGAGCACCUACUCCGCCGUCUACCUACGAAACUGCUGGCACGACAAACGCGAGCGCGUGCGGCGCGACGCGUGGAGAAUCUUCGCCGGAGCCGUCUCGAUUAUAGGCUUGAUGGCGACGUCGGCGGUAGUAAUGGCUGUCGUCUGGUCUUCCACCACGGCCGCGGACAGCAUAGGCUACUUCGUCGAUGUCUUCAACGUCUGCCUCUACGCCUCGCCCCUUGAGCUCGCGUGGAAGGUGCUGCGCACCCGCUCAACGUCGGGCAUGUACCUGCCGUUGAGCAUCACCAUCGCGGCGGCGGCGGCGCUGUGGGCGACCUACGGCUACCUUACCUCGGAUUGGUUCGUCGCCGCUCCGCAGUCGGUAGGCUUCCUGGCCGGGCUUGCGCAGCUGUCGCUAUUCCUGAGAUUCGGGAUCGCGGACAACAACCAACCGUCAGAGGGCCAAGCGUUGGAACCGGACGGCCAGUCCGGGAACCGUAGUUCUCCUGGCCCUGGCGACGGCGCAGACGCAGGAGUUCCCGCAGCGGCGGCAGGCAGUGGUGAACGGGGGAGCAGGCUGUCGGAUGGAUCCGAGGUUAGAAACGCCCCACCAACAAGUGUUGGAAGCCCUGGAAGCGAGGGGGGAAGGGGGCGGGGAGGGGGGCAGCUCAGAGAGCCCCUCAUCACAGGAACCUGAAACGUUGUCGCACGCAGGAGCUAGAGCGUAGCUUCUAAUGGGCGUGUGAUUUGGCAUGAAGCUUUGUCCUCGUGUCCGUGUGUUGUUGGGUGGUGAUGUGGAAGCUGUUUUCCCUUCUCCCCCCUAGAUGUCAGAUGCAACUUUGUUUUACUCGGUGAGCGAAGUGGGCGAGGUGGUGGUGUCACAUGAUGCUGAUGGCCCGGAGCUGAUUCACGUGACACGGCAGGCCUUGCGGAUGUUGGUUGUCUUGCGGGUUCUGUGUUUGUUAUUACCGUUUUAGAUUUGUACGCAGCUGCCCGGGGGAAGCGGUUAGAGAAUACUACGUGAUGCCACAUAUUAUUGUAGACGUCGCAAGUUUAUUAGUUAAAUGAGAAAUCGAUGUAGGUUAAGAAUGUUUGUCACAGCAGUGGCCCCUUCAUUCAGUCCAGUGUCCAAAGCAGACCUCUGCCCAGGAAGCGAUCGCGACGUGUACACAGUUCGAAUCACCACCGCCGCUGUGCUGACUGCCUUUCGUUGUCGUUGUUGGUUCCGAUGUAGUAUGCGCAGCAUGUUUUUGUUUUUUUUUGCUCCUUUUCUUGGAGAAGUUCCACGUUUAUUGGAGGGUGCGGGCACGUAGCAGUCGCUUCCUUCCCUUCCGCUUGGGAAGGAAGGAAGAAUUUUUCUUGGGCAUCUGGUACCACGUGUCAGGGGUGUUAGCAGAAGUGGCCGUCAAGCCUACUUGCUCGACAAUCAGGGCACGAGGCACCGGUCGCUGCGGUGGACCCUCGCAUGCAUACUAAAUGGCACAAUCGAGGAUGAAUGUGUGCCGUGUGAGCAGUAAGUGUGUGGGUGGAAAAAACUACCCGCAGACUUGGCACGUUGACGAAUAGUAUAACUUCAGGGUGGUGUGUUAAAAUCUGAAGCUUUAUUUUUUAUUUAUUUUUUUGUUGCGACCCGGGAAGUUUUUCCCUGUUGGCCGUCUGUUGUGGAGGGCUUCCGACCAAACCAACGUUUGUGUCGAUGUCGAUUGGGUGUGCGUUUGUUUGUUUACCCCCCCCGUCAAGUCGGUAGAAAUGAUUUUAGGUUGGUGCUAGAUAUCCAUCUGCCGGGCUGGCUCAGGUUCACAAGACAGGAUAAAUGGAUGGGUCACCAAGAAUAGUGCAAGCAGAAAAUAUUGGGUGUAGACUUUGAAUCCCGAAGCGAAUAUUGCGGGACGAGUGAGUAUAAUCGGGGUUGCCUGUCGGAAGCUGUCCUUCAUCUUCGAGCGGGUAGGUAGCCGCGGUGGAAUGGACGGCUGGCUGGCUGAAUUUGUUGCCUGCCGCAAGAUCACCGACCAACGGUGGACGUACAACAUGGAUAGGAAGAAACAGGCAAGCGCGGUGAAAAUGAGUGAGGCUUUGCUGGGUCCGGUGACUACUUUGCGUUGGAGCCGCUAAACAAGCGCUCGGAAAUCCCUUGAUCUUGAUUUGAAGAUUUUGUUGAACAGGCUGCACUGAAUGAAGCCGGCGGCAUUCCGUCAACUCGACGAGGCGAGCUGUAAGACUUGGUUCGAUCUGAGAGAGAUUUUGGUCGCUCACGCGAGAUGAGCGUUACCGUCAAGAGGGCACGGCCUGCUGGAAUUGCGUGAGCGUAUGCAUAUGCACAGAGAAAAACAAGUCUCACUUUUCGUCUAUAAAGUUUUGUUUGCCAUCACAUCACAGUGAUGGCGAAAGAAAUGGAUACAAGUACCUAACGUGCUUCUUUUUUAGUUGUAGACGCCUUGUGUCUGCAUCAACGUUCCUGUGAUACCCUGCUUACAUGUAACGGUUUUGAAGCGUACACUCCCAGCGCGCAGGCCAACAACCGUAUCGAGGAUCAAGUGAACAACCCUCAAAAGCCCAGUGGAGGCACCUUUGGAUAGAUUAGACUAGAAGAAGAUUUGAGGAGUUUUCGUCCUCACGCCAGAAUAUCUGUCUGACAAAAUACUUGACGAGCUUCGUUCGUCUUGUUCACCUCCCCCAGCUCAACGUCCAGCUUUGGUUUGUAGGCGUCUGUCAGCAGCUUGUUACGUGAAAAACAGUAGUGCUGCUGGUGCUGCUGCUAUGCAUGCAUACGUUUUCCUCAUCUAGACUACACCAAACCUAUGAAUACCUACCGCUCGUUAUCCUCCAACAUACUGACUGAUGGCCCUGUUGCCAAUGCCGCGCCGACGCCAUUUGAAGCCAGGGUCACACGAAAGGCUACAGAUCUACUACGCUAGUAGAGCGCUG